CGACAAUUCCAACGAGCGGAACUUUCACCAUCCGUACGAGCCUUACGAUAUCCAGAAAGAGUUUAUGAAUGCUGUCUACAAAUGCUUAGAAGAUGGCAAAGUUGGCAUAUUCGAAUCACCGACGGGGACUGGCAAAUCCCUCAGUCUGAUCUGCGGUUCUUUGACCUGGCUACGCGAUCAUCAUCGACGAACUUUUGAGCGCGGCUUUGAAGUUGGCCCAAACGAUAGUGAUGAGCCUUCAUGGAUUCUCGAGCACGCGCAGAAGCAACGCAGACUUGAAGCCCUUUCUCGCAAACAAGAAUUUGACGACCGCAUCGCGAAGAUCAAGGCAAAGGAAAAGAGAGCGAAAGACCUCUACGAAAAUGGAGAGCCACGGUUCAAAAGACAGAAGCUGACGUUAAGCGAAGUGAGUGGGAAUGGAAACGAAGCACAGUUUGUUCUAGACGAUUAUGAGAGCGACAAAGACUCAGUCGAUAGGGCGAAUACCGGUGUAUUCGACGACUCUGGACUCUCCGCAGAAACUCAAGCACUUAUGGAAAAUCUUGGGUACUCUUCAGGCAUGCCAAAAACAGAAGACGGCGAGGUGUUGGAUGGAACGAAGAUCUUCUUCUGUUCACGGACCCACUCUCAAUUGACACAGUUCUCGAGCGAGCUUGCGCGUGUCAAAUUGCCAUCUGCCGUUACUCUAGACGAAGAUUCCGAAGCCAGCGGUGACUCUCUUCUGGUAGAAGACAUCAAACACUUAACUCUGGGCUCCCGAAAAAACCUCUGUAUCAACAGCAAAGUACGCAACCUCGGUAAUGCUACCGCCAUCAACGAGCGAUGUCUUGAGCUACAGCAGGCUAGUGGUGGCGCAGAAAAGAAAUGCCCACAUAUGCCAACGAAAGAAAGUGAAGUCUUGGUAAAUGAAUUUCGAGAUCAUGCCCUUGCGAAGAUCAGGGACAUUGAAGACCUGGGAGCGUUGGGGAAAAGACUAGGCGUCUGCGCCUACUAUGCCUCGAGACCGGCGACGAAGUACUGCGAGAUCGUUACUUUGCCGUACCCUUUACUGCUUCAAAAGUCCGCUCGUGAAGCACUCGGACUUUCACUCAAAGAGCACGUAGUCAUCAUUGACGAAGCACAUAACUUGAUGGACGCGAUAGCUGGUAUCUACUCUGUGUCCAUGACACUUGGCCAGGUACAACAGGCACGCGCACAGCUUACCGUUUACCUUCAAAAGUUCAAACAUAGACUCAAGGGCAAAAACCGUGUUUACAUUGCUCAGACACUUCGGAUCAUGGACUCCAUCAUAUCUUAUUUGUCAUCGAUUAACGACGAUGGUAAGCUCACCGAUGGCUUGGUCGAUAUGGUGUCCAUAAUGGCUGGCAAAGGCGUCGACCAGAUCAAUCUUUACAAGCUCAAUACCUAUCUUCAGGACAGCAGACUUGCCCGGAAGGUCGAUGGAUAUACCGUCUAUUCCGACCUGACAACCCAGCCUGAUAUAGAGCCGGCGACAAAGAAGAAAGACACGCGAACGCCAAAAAAUAGUGUGCCAGUCUUGAUGCAUGUUCAGACUUUUCUGCUGUCGCUGAUGAACCCCUCAAACGAAGGUCGCUUCUUCUACUCCAAAGAGGUCGAUACUGGGGUGAACCUACGAUAUAUGCUCCUGGAUCCGACAUUCCAUUUCAAGGACAUCGUAGAGGAAGCGAGAGCAGUUGUGUUGGCAGGGGGCACCAUGUCUCCGAUGAGUGAUUACGAGCAGCAUCUACUAUCAUACCUAGAUCCUUCAAAGAUAAUGACAUUGUCCUGCGGUCACGUCAUCCCAUCAUCCAGUCUACUCGCGAUACCCGUUACGCAGACCAUGACGAGCGCUGAAUUUGACUUCACGUUUGCGAAUCGUAACAAAGAUCAGACGAUAGCCGAUCUCGGACACGCCUUAGUCGGCAUUGCCCAACACAUCCCCGACGGCGUGGUCGUCUUCUUCCCUAGCUAUUCGUAUCUUGACAAUUGCAUUGCGGCGUGGAAGCGUAUGCCUGUUUCUUUAUUAAAGUGUACUUUCUGGGAACAGCUCGCUCAAAUCAAACCUGUGUAUCUCGAACAGCGCAGUGAGCAACGUACUCCAGACCAACCCUUGGCAGCUAGAGAUGCGGUAGUGGACUCAGUUCUUAGCGCCUAUAGUGCUGCCGUCGCCCACGGAAACGGUCGUGGAGCUUUGCUGUUCGCUGUCAUAGGUGGUACCCUCUCUGAAGGCAUCAACUUUAGCGACGCGCUCGGUCGUGGCGUGGUAGUCGUCGGCUUGCCGUUUCCAAACCCACACUCAGCGGAAUGGAAGGCCAAGAUGCAGUACAUCUCUUCCAAGGGGACCAAACAAGGAGGGGAUGGGAAAGCGGUGGCGAGAGACUAUUACGAAAACGCAUGUAUGCGCGCGGUCAACCAAUGUGUGGGUAGAGCGAUACGACACAAAGGAGACUACGCGGCUAUCCUGAUGCUCGACAAACGGUAUGGGAGCCAUCGUAUUCAGAGUAAAUUACCCAAAUGGAUUAGAGGAAGUCUGGUGGGCGAGAUGGGAGUCACGGGUAUCGAGCAAAAGCUGGAUGAGUUCUUUGCUAAUAAGCACGGCGAGGAACGCGGCGCGUACGCGACUGUGGCACAGACCGAAGACGCGAGCGCAGAAUCAAGAAUACAUGAGGAUAAGCAUGACCACGGAGAUGGGGAAAAUCAGGGCCCGGAAAGUGUACACUUCGACGACUCACAACCUACAUCAGAAGAUCUUGCUUUGUUACCGCGGGUGGCCGACAAACUCCCUUACGGCGUCUUCCUCGUCGCCAUAGUCGAACUCUGCGAACGCUUCGCCUAUUACGGCCUAUCCGGACCAUUCCAGAACUAUAUCGCCAAUGGAUACCACGAUGCCAAUGGACUUCCGGGAGCCCUCGGCCUUGGACAAUCCGGUGCAACCGCUUUGACAAAUCUCUUCCAAUGCUGGUGUUAUGUCACGCCAAUUGCAGGAGCUAUUGUCGCUGAUCAGUAUCUCGGAAAAUACGUCACCAUCAAGUGGUUCAGCGUGGUAUACAUGGUCGGCAUUAUGAUUCUGUUCGUUACGAGUUUGCCAUGGGGUAUUGAGAACGGGAUAGCGUUUCCAGGACUCAUCACGGCCAUGACGGUCAUUGGCUUCGGGACAGGUGGCAUCAAGAGUAAUGUGAGUCCUUUGAUCGCAGAGCAAGUGCGCAGUACGAAGCCCUUUGUCAAGACUUUACGUGGCGGCCAACGGGUCAUUGUAGAUCCAGAGGUAACCAUUCAGCGCAUCUACAUGAUCUUCUACAUGUGCAUCAAUCUCGGUUCCGUCUCAGCGAUUGCUACGACGAUGCUCGAGUUGCAUAUUGGGUUCUGGAGCGCGUAUCUCUUGCCUUUGAUGAUGUUCUGCGUUGGCUAUGGCGUCUUGGUAUCGGGCAAGAAGAGAUAUGUGAUAAAGCCGCCCCAGGGCGGUGUCAUUGGAAACUGUUUCAAAGCCGUCUGGAUUGCAAUGCGGAAUGGUGGGGAUUUGGAAAAAGCGAAGCCCUCCUACCAACAAUCUGUGUCGAGGAAGCAUCGAAUAUCGUGGGAUGACGAAUUUGUCGAUGAGCUUAAAAGCGCAUUGGUUGCUUGCAAGGUCUUCUUGUUCUUUCCAAUCUACUGGGUCACAUAUUCGCAAAUGAUGAACAAUUUCAUCUCACAAGCCGGUCAGAUGCAACUCCAUGGCCUCCCCAACGACAUACUGCAGAACAUUGAUCCGGUCACAAUUAUACUCCUCAUCCCGCUGCUUGACCGUAUUGUCUAUCCUUUCAUCCGCACUCGCCUUCAUGUUGCAUUUACGCCGAUGACACGCAUCACCCUUGGGUUCUUCAUUGCCGCGCUCGCCAUGCUCUAUGCUGGGGUCUUGCAAUCUUUCAUCUACUCGGCACCACCAUGCAAAUUCAAGCCAAACGAGGUUCACGUGGCGUGGCAAACGCCAGCCUAUGCACUGAUCGCGUUGAGCGAAAUUCUCGCCUCGAUUACAGGCUUGGAGCUGGCGUAUGCACGGGCUCCCGAGAAUAUGAAGAGCUUCAUCAUGAGUUUGUUUCUGUUGACUAGCGCGGGAGGCAGUGCACUGGGUAUUGUUAUUGCUCCUCUGGCUCGAGAUCCGUACCUGCAAUGGCUCUACUUUGGACUGGCGGCUGCGGCUGCAGUCACAGGAUAUGUUUUUCAUCGUAUGUUUAAA